AUGGCCAUCCGCCAGAGUUUCCAAGCGUUGCGUUCGGUUGCAACCCGUCGUGUGUUGCUUCGUAACUUUAGUGUCGCUUCACAUGCUGCUGACAAGUUUGUAGUGGAGCUUCCAGAGGAGCACGAAGGUCUUCAUAUUGAGUUUAACUGGUCACUAGCACAAGAUGACGUGACACCACAUGGUGACGCGUUCCGGAAUCUCAGCUGGUCUAAACUUGAGCAACUUGCCAAACACGAGAAACCAGCUGGUAAAAUGGUGGAGAUUCAAGAGGUGGACGUGAACGUCGUGUUUAAUGACUUUGAGGGACUAUACGAUACGGUAACGAAGCAUCUGUCGACCGAGCCUAAUCUCUACACACAGGACGGCGCCGUAGGAUCAUUCAAGGACGACCGUACACGUGUUCGUGUGAUUACGGACUCGCCAUUGGUAGCUCUGUUUGCACAGACGUUGCUGGUGCGUGUGCCUAUAAAGGACCCGCACGCUGCUCGUCCCAUUGUGGUGUACGUGGCAACUGCAGGUGAGUUCAAGGACAAGGAGCCACAGGCGCAGCUGCUGGUGGACAAUGACGAUGAUGGUGCGAUGUUCGUUAAGGUUGUGAUUACUGGAGCAGCUGACCUGUCGACGGUUAAGGACGCUGUAGGUCUGGCUAAGAAGAAGCUGCUGGGAAUGGUCGAGUCCGAGUCGCUGGUGGUCCAGGCUGAUGUUCUGAUCAAGGACAAUAAGACUGCGCUGGUGUUUAACACAACUGGUGCUGGACGUGCGGCGGCUAUCAACAAGGGGCUACUUUACAGUGCUCAUUUGAAUAUCUGGAACCUACAUGGUGUGACGUCACUAUAUGGUGGUGCAAUUGUCGACGGCACCACUAAGAUGUCGAAGAAGAAGAUGGUAGCCGUGGAGGACGGUGCGUCCGUAAAUGUGCCGUGCAACAACCUGGUGGAGCAUCCAAAGGCUGCCAUUUUUGUGGACAAAGCUAGCAAGGGCGUGAAGUCAAUCUCAUCUGCAGAAGCCGCCGCGUUGUUGAAGAAGGUGGAUGCUGACGCUGAUGUGGAGAAGUUUGAGGCGCUUCUCAAGAAGGCUGACACUAAGAGUUUCGUCGUGUCCAGCGACAACGACGUUGAGGCUGCUUUGGCGAAGUUGUGA